GCACCGGCCCCUUGACCUUCGCCGCCACGUUGUGACCGCCGAGGAAGGUGAGGACCAUCGCGCCGCCCGGAUGAUCGCCGGGGAAGGAUCGUUCUCGACCUUGGGGAUCCUUGGAGCCAUGGAUAAAGACGUUCGACGGAAGUGCGGGAAAGUGCGACGUGCUCUGUUCCACCUGCUGCUGAUAGUGGGGGGCGCGACGGGGUUGAAGGAUUUGACGAUCAACGUGCCAGCGGUUGUGCGAUCGGGCGACACAGUGACACUCUCCUGCCAUUACGAUCUGGAAGGAUUGCCAUUGUACACGAUACAAUGGUUCCUCGAAGACACGGAAUUUUAUCGAUACCUGUCCGAGGCGGAUCCGCCCUACACCAUAUUCGAGGUCGAUGGAAUACACGUGAACAUUUCCAAGUCGAAUUCGCACGACGUGACGCUGGUCGACGUGUCGAGGAAGAUGACGGGGAUGUACAAGUGCGAGGUGAUGGGCGGGAAACCCUCGUAUCACGCGCAGAUCAAAAGGGCCAGGAUGGAGGUGGUGGACGCGCCGAAAACGGAUCCGACGAUCGACACCGAGAAGGAGAGGAUCGCCGUGGGCGAAUUGCUACGGGCGAACUGCACAACGGGCAACUCGAGGCCAGCCUCCGCCAUUACGUGGAAGUUGAACAAGGAUCUCAUCGCGAACGACAGCUUGGUAUACAGGACAAGGUACUUCGCCAUACCUCAGGACGACGAUUCUCAGGUGUCCAAGUCGACGAUAGACUUCAAGGUGACGAACGACAUGUUUCGAAACGGGAGGUUGAUGUUGCAGUGCACGGCCUUCAUCGCGGACGUGUACAGGGAGUCCGCUGAGAUCGAGAUCAGCGAGGACGCGCCACGCAUAGCCUCCAUCACCGGCGAAUCUCCACCGCGUGGACACCACAGCGGCGGUUCCGCGAGCCCAUGCUUAACCUGGACUGCCAUGACGAUGAUGUUCACUCUAUCUGCCAUCUUGUUUCUUCUUUACCCUUCAAUGACAAUAACCGUGACGCAUACAGCCACAUCCAAAACUACACCUGCCAACAGGUAGCUCGUACGCCAAUAUACCACUAUACUCACUGCCUGACUCAAUUAAAAACAAGAAAGAAAGAGGGAAAGGAAGAAAGGAAAAAAAGGAAGGAAGGAAAGAAGAAGAAAAAGAAGAUGGAGAAAAUAAAAAAAAAGAAACAUCGUCCAUGUAAAACCUAGUAGUCUAGGGCUUCCAGUUAUGUAUGUUACUAUGUAUGGAGUAGAUAGCUCGAAUAACAAUUGAUUUUUAUUCACGAGUGGGCCUGUGUGUUAAGCGGGAGAUCGAGAAGAGUAUCGAGUAAGGAAGUAUCGAUUUCGUUCUUUUUUUUUUUCGCGAGUGAUUACGUAAGUGAUUAAGCUCAGAACAACACGAUGUCCUUGUGAUCCUGCAGUUAAUUCGACAUUUUUUGUAUUUUUAAUAAAUGGCGAGAUUUGGGUGAAUCGCACAUGGUUAGGAAGCAUAGAUAGAAUGUCGAUCAUGCGAUCGACAUCUCUGCAAGAUCGCAACGAUGCUGUGUUGCUUGUCUACGCACGAGGACUUUAAGCUGUGUCCUCACCGAUAAAACGAUUUUUGUUUCGUUUCGUUCUUCUUACCCUUGGUUAAAGUUUCUUUUCUUUUCUUCGAGACGUGUAAUUUAUAUUUUUUGAUCUUUGAGUAAGGUUAGAUUUGUAUAGAAAUAAUUAUUCGUUUUAGGAAUCGAAUAUUAAAAAAAACUUUUAUGUAUUCCGCACUUGUACAUACUUGAGCCUUUUCAAGAGAAGAAGCGAGAGAGUUCAGUGAGAAUACAGCUUUAGGCGCAUUAUCUGUGAGAUCUCGCACUAGAGACGUGUACGCGACGUGUACGUGGAGCAUCGCUGGUAUGCUUUUAAAGUAAAGUAAUGGACACCUUAUAUGUAGCUACGCGUACGUAACUCGGACGCGACAUCUCGUGGAGAGACAGAGAGUCUUAGUUCUAUUUCCCAAAGGAGAUCGUCGUUGUGACGUAUAAAGUCACUCACGAAAGUUUUCGUAGAACCUAUAAAAAGGCUAUUUUUAUUAAAAAAAUAAUAAUAAUAAUAAUUGUAUAAUAAUACUAUUAUUUAUCGAUGCAAUAAAAAAAAAUUGUAAGAAAAGACGAGCUCCUUAAAGAAAUAUUCAAUUAUUC